UCCUUAGUCACUUUCUCAAUCUGCUCACUCAUUCAGGCGCCCAGCAGAAGCCCCUUCUGUCUGGCUGUUGGACACAACUAGGAAAAGUUCCCUGGGAUUCACACUACAUCAAUAAAGAAGAAUGGAAGGUUACUUAGCAUCAGUAUCACUGGGAGAAGAGUCCACUCAAAUGUGGAGCCUCAACAAACGUCUGGAAGCCUAUCUGUCCAGAGUCAAAGCCCUGGAAGAGGAGAAUGAGUUGCUCAGAAAAGAAAUCCACAGUUUAAGGAGUAGUAAGUCUGAAAGAUGCUGGAAGAAGAAGCAUCACGAAGAGAUGAUGAAGCUGAGGGAUGCUCUGGAUGAUGGCCACAGAGAUAUGGUCCAAGCAGAAAUGGUAAGAGACAGCAUAUAUGAAGAGAUCGAGUUUAUAAAGCAAAGGUGUCUGGAAGAGAAGCAAGCAAGGGAAGAUGCAAAGAAAGAACUGUCUGAGAGUAAGAAAUUGUUGGAAGAAGAGACAAGAGCACAGAUCUGGUUGAAAGAAAGACUUGGCCAGCUUGAGGCAGAGUUGGAGGACAUCCUCAGAGACCAUGAAGAAGAAAAAGCAUUGAUGGAGGAAGAGAUUGCAAGCUUCUCCCAAAGACUGGAGAACUUCAGGGUCGCUCCCAUAGCCUUUAAACCCGUGGAGGUUGAAGACUAUGCCAGGAAACUCUCAGAGAUCUGGCAAGGGGCCGUGGAGGAGUACAAGAGUGAACUGUCAGUGUUGGAAGCCGGUUUGUCCGAAUCUAAGGAGAACCUGAGAAAGGUGCUGGAUGAAAACAAACAGAACCGGCUUCUGCUGCAAAGCCUGGAUAAAGAAUUAGUGAGUCUCAAGAUGAGGAAGGAGGCUCUGGAGGACCUUCUCUCCAAGCAGUGGCAGGAACAGAAGGAAGAGGAAGAAAAGCUGCAGCUUGAGGCUGAAGCUUUGGAACAGGAGAAACAGGACCUUAGAGCUCAGAUUGCUGAAGUUCUAGAGGACAGACAGCAGCUUAUGCACCUUAAGAUGUCCCUCAGCCUGGAGGUGGCCACAUACAGGUCACUUCUAGAGGCAGAGAAUACAAGGAUAGACAUCGAUUACAGAGGAUCUAGCACCUUUAAUGAUUCCAUGUUGGAACAUAAUAAUUUCAGAAGAAGACCAUUGGAAGAUACAAGGAAAGCUGUUUCCAGGAAUCACAGACAAAGUUACAGCAAAAAACAGAUUGGUGACAAAAAUGAACUGCAAAGACCAUCUCUAAACAAUUUCUUGACUGUGAAAAGUUCUGCGGCUCCAGUAAGGACAAGUCCUGUUACCAAAGAGUUUCAGAAAGUUAGCUCUGUUCUUCAGACUCAAGGUCUAAAAUACACCAAACCACCUCAGGUCAAGGAAGUUCAGACAGUAGCAACAGUUAAAAGCAAUUUAGAAACACGCACCUUUACUGGUGAUGCUUUCAGGAGAGCUCAAACGGAAACACGCUCCCACACAUAUUCCCAGAGCUUGCAUAAAACAACAGAUGAACAGAUUGUUAAAAAAGAUGCUGUGGGACUGAAUGAUUCGAAUAGGAACACUAGUAUUAAAGAAGAAAAGGAAAUUAAGAAAACUAGUGUUGUGGAUCAUAUCGAGAGUAAACCAGUAACAUCAACUCAACAUAAAGUUCUAGAAAUAGAUCCUUUAGAGUCUGCUUUGAAGUCAUUGGAGGAAGAUCUCAGCAGCGUGACUUAUACUUUUGAUGCAGGUCAAGAUUUAAAUUUAAAGGCAAUAAAAGAAGAACCAAUACAUUUGGAGAAUCUACAAAAUGAAUAUGCUUCUGAAAUAGAAUACCCAGGUAUUAAUGCUGAAGCAGACCCAAUCAAAGAGAUUAUUAGUGAAUCUAUUAGCUACCAGAGAGUGCAUUUUGAAAAACAAGAAUUAUCCAACUUGCUGAAAAUGGAAAGUACAUAUGAGGAAAAUGUCCAAGAAGUCACCCAAGAGUUUGAUUCCAAUGAACAGGAUGAACACGAUAAAGCAAAUACUCCAGAAAAUAAUGAACCUGAUGUCCAACAAGACAGGACAAUUGAGUCUUAUGAAAUCAAAGAAUCAAAAAUAGUUUCAGACAAAGUUGAAGAAGUUGAAACCAUAAGCAAAAACCUUAAUGGUUUUUUGGAGAAGGAAUAUAUACCCAUUUCCAAAGAUGAUUUUACCGAAUCUACAAGCCACCAAGAAAAUUAUUCUGAGAACUCCCAGUCCUUUGAUAGCAAACAUUUUGAGGACAAGUCAACUGAUAAUGAACUCAUCACAAACUUGAAAAGUAACACUGAAGAACAUAUCUUCCAGUCCAAUCAAGAACAUUUGGAGAAUGUGGAAUUUAGCAGUGUAGUAUCAGACACUGUAAAGAUAAUGUAUUCACAAGAUAAUAAUGGUGAUGGGGAUCAUGUUCAAAUGGCUGCUGAUGAAAAUAUUUUAAAUCAGUCAACAGAUAUCAAUCAGUUACUAUUGGAUGAACACAGUCAUCAUAAAGAACCUAAGACUUCAGAGUUUAUUGAUGUGGAACACAACAAUACAGGACUAGAGCAAGGAGAAGAUGACAAGUCAAGUGAAAUCCCAGUGGAAAUCAAUGAGAAUGUUAGUGUUGAAGAAAUUAUUCACCAGAUAAGUGAUGUUGAAGAUGAUACUAAACAAACAUUUGCGGAUGAAGGGAAUAGUAGAUCACAGAUAACCCAGAAAGAACAGGAGAGUACUGUUGAUUUGGAUGGUCCAGGUUAUGCACAGGAAGAAGAAAGCCAACUUGCAAAAGAUGAAGUUAACAUAAGUGAGCAAAUUGAAAAGGAUUUUGACAUUGAAGAAGUUGAUCAUCAAGUUGUAGAUAUUAUGCAGGAAGUGAAGCAGUCAUUUCAAAAGGAAGUUGGCCAGCUAAGUAAUAUUGAGCAGGAGGUAGAUUAUUUGCAUAAUGAAGAUGAAGACAGUCUUCAGAACAAUUAUGACGAGCUCCAGAGGCUUGAAUCAAGUGAUCUGGAAGAGAAUACUGUUGAUUUGGAAAGUCCAGGUUAUGCACAGGAAGAAGAUAGCCAACUUGCAAAAGAUAAUGUGGACAUAAGUGAGCAAGUUGAAAAGGAUUUUGACAUUGAAGAGGUUGAUCAUCAAGUUGUAGAUUUUAUGCAAGAAGUGAAGCAGUCAUUUCAAAAGGAAGUUGACCAGCUAAGUAAUAUUGAUCAGGAAGUAGAUAUUUUGCAUAAUGAAGAUGAAGACAGUCUUCAGAACAAUUAUGACGAGCCCCAGAGGCUUGAAUCAAGUGAUCUGGAAGAAAAUAAAAACUUGAAAGAGGAAAAUCAACUCUUUAAAGAUGAAGGAAAUCAGAAAUUUGGUGUGACGGAUAUUAAAGAGUUUAGGCAAGAAGGUUAUGAAGUUGAAGAGUUUUGUCAAGAGACUAUUGACCAUCAGGUUUCAGCUCAAUUGCUGUGUGAAUCUGAUAUCAAUCAGGAUAAACUGGGUAUGCAAGAUGAGGAAGAACAAAAUAACCCUGAAACAGAGCAGGAAAGUGAUCAACAAUAUAUCAGAUCAGAUGAGGAUACUAAAUUAAGUCAAGAAGAAUGUGAUGUUGUUUGUAAACUAGAGACCAUGUCAGACAUGUCAGAAUAUAUUGGACAACAGGAGGAUUUAGACAAAGAAGAAAUUGAUUAUCCUCCUAAUGAACAAGAUAAUAAUGAUUUGUUGGAAAAGAAAGAAGUAAUCUUGCAUCAUGCAGAUGAUCAAAGCUCAGUUAAUGAUGAUGAACUUACAAUUGAUGAGAAGCUAGGUGAAAGAAUUGCUGAUAUUGAACUUGCUACGAUUGAUGUUAAUGAAAGCUUGGCUGCAAAUAAAGAACACGGUGAUCUCUUUACAGAUGAAUAUGCUGCUGAUGAUAAUGUAGGUAUUCAGGAUGAUGAUAGUGGUCAAUAUCAAAUUAAAGAAGACUUUGAAGAUGGAAACAAUAUCCUAGAAAAUGUGGAGAUUCAACAAAACUUAUUACUUAACCAAGAAAUUUCUGAGAGGGUAGAUGUGGAUGAAGAUAUUUCAGGAGAAGCAGAAAAUGAGUCAGUUCAAAUGAAUGAUGUUGUAGAUUUGAUGUCUGAAACAAAAGUUAUGGGAGAUGAGCAAGUCAGUUCAAUGGAAACAAUGGAGGAUACCAAAGAUAAUGGUGGACAGCUCUGCUUAGAAAAAGAGAAUGAAACAGAAUAUAUUGAAGUCACAGAUAGUCUGCAGUUUGCUACAGAUCUUUCACAUGAUGAGGGUAGAGAACUGACUGUGGAGCAAUGUAGUGCAAAUCUACAGCUUUGUGAGAACCCUACCGAGACACUAAUCGCUCAUCAUAUAGAAUAUGAAACUGUGGCAGACCCUGAUCAAGAAUCACCGGAAGUGCAAGAAACUGAGAAUAACCCCUUCAAACCAGCAGAGAGCAAGAUAGAAAAUGAGAAUUCCGAAUCUGAAGAAUCUAUUGAUUCACAGGAGAUCUCACUGUACUCCCAUAAAAGUGAAGAAUCUGAAAUUAGUAAAGAUUAUCAGUUAGAGCAAACCUUGCCAGAUGCAACACCAUUACCCAACCUAGAAGAUGAAUUUGAAGAUUUAACUGAACAACCAGAUUCUAAAAUUGAUGAAGAACAUCAAAACAAUGAUGAAUCUGGAGCAUCUACUUUUACAACUUCAGUUAAUGUAGAUAAGGAAAGAGACAUUAGUGAGUCAGUUUCUAAAGAUGAAGAAUCCAAUCAAGAAGAAUUUGGGGAUGUACUGGGUGUUGAUAAAACAUCGCAAGUGGAAGUCACUUCCCUUUCGGGUUUAGCCCAGGAACCAUGUUAUUUAGGAGAUAAUGAGGAGUCAGAAGAUUCAGAGGAAAAUGCUGAAAUUCUGAAUGAAAACCCAUGCGAUGGUCUAGUUGACUUUAUGGUCUCAGAAAUGUCAGAAACAAAUAUCAUCAUAGCUGAAAAGGUGACAGAGCAAACAGAAAUAACACUUGAGUUUGAUGGUGAAACCAACAAACUUACCGGAAAUAUUAAUGUAAGUGAAAAGGAAACUUAUGAGUAUGAAAGCCAUGAAGAGAAUAUAGAAUUUACAAAUGACCCAGAUAAAAACUUACUGGAAGGUGAGAACCAGUCAAUAAGCCCAGCAAAUGACAGUGUAGAUGAGAAUCAAUCAGAAGAUAGUGUAAUCUCAGACAAUGAAGGCACAGCUUCUUCAUAUGAGGAGUCACCAAAUGCAACAGCAAUCGGUCAUGUUGUGGCAUUGGAAGAAAACAGUAUUAGCACGACUCAACAAAGUUCUACUGAUAUACAACUUGUAACUUCUGAAGCCUAUGAAAUAACUUCAUCACAAAACGUGGAAGACAACACACAAGAGACUGAAAAAGAAUUUCCUUCAGGAGUGCCUUUAGUAUCAAGUACAUCUGAACAGGAAGAUUCCAAAUCUGAAGAUGAAGAGUUAGAUGAUGAGGGGAGUGAGUUUUCUUUUGAUGGAAAUGAUGAGAAGGUAAAUGGAGUGCACAAAGAAGUCAGUGAACAUAAUGAAACAGAGGAUAUGUUAAAUGGACAUACGGAAAAUGGCUAUAGUAAAAUAGUAUUAAGCAAAAAGAGCUUUGAGAUGGAAAGUGAAGUUUUAGAUGCACAAGAUAUUCCAGAAGAUUCCAUUAUUAAAUAUGCCAUGUCAGAGGCGAAAAGUGAAGGCCUCUUCCAGUCUUUGCUCGAAACCUCGGAACCAAAAGAUGGCAGCAGAACAGAAGAAGUCCUCUUAUUUGCUGAAAGUAAGAAGGUCAUCAUUAGUUCUGAAUAUCUGGAAUCUUCUCAAGAAGACAGACUUACCAUGCUAGUACAAAACCCAUACCUUGAUAAAACUAACAAGGAGGAAGCUAAGACUAUUGCAGAGUCCUAUUUAGUAGACGAAGAAUUACUUGUUUCAUCCAAUCAAGAAAUGAAUAAUGACAAACAUGAAGGAGUUUUGGUUACAAAGAGUCUGCAAGACGAUGAAGAUUCCUGGUCAUCUGAUGAUUAAGUGACACGUCUCAAUGUACUGUAUCAGUGUUAAUAUGAAGACUUAAAUUUGAAUCACCACCUUCACUGCAGCAACAGUGAAAUUGGAUCCCACAACAAGUUUGGAAGUUUUCCCAGAUGAGAGUCACAUAAUUGGAAGGAAUUUGAUACAUUUGCAUUUGUGAUGUCUAUUUUAAUAGGCUUCUUGAAAUUACCUGGUGUUUUAUGCAUUUCCAAAGCAUAAGGAUGGGUUUUUUUGGAUGGUCCAGGGCAAUGUAAAACAUGUCUACUUUAAAGGGGAUUUUAGUUAUAUAAUGCAUUUUUAUCGCCAAUACCCUAUAUUUUAUAUUUUAAAAAAUAGCCCAAAAUGCAAGAACCAUCAACACAUUAGAUUUUUUUGAUACAUCUAAAGGCUGAAGUGUGAAAUGCAGUGCAUCCUACCCAUAAUUACCUUUAUCAUUUUUAUUCUCUUGCUCAGAAUCUUGAAUGGUACAUUCUUCCGAUUUUAUAUGAUCAAUCACUAGCAUGCAAUUUAUAUUUUUGAUAUAUUAUGAUUUAGGCAUAAUUUUCAUAUACUCAUUGUAAUGGAA